AUGGAUCCUGAAUCGGUGUUGAACACAGCAAAGCCGACCCAGAUUCCGACUCGGGAAGAAGACCCAUCAUCGAAUCAGUCCACAUCUCUUCUCUCCCUCAGCACGGAAGAUCCUUCGUCUCCGCCGCAGAAACCCACCACCACCAUCAUCUUCAUCGCGCUCCUCCUCGUCACCUGCGUCGCCCUCUCAGCCGCCUCCGCCUUCGCCUUCCUCUUCUUCUCCGCCGGCAAAUCAGCUCAUCCGUCGAUCAAAGAGGACCAGACCGCGCGGCCGCUGACGAAAUUGGAUCACCCAGUCGUCCUGUUGAUUUCCUCCGACGGGUUCCGGUUCGGGUACCAGCACAAGGCUCCGACGCCCAACAUCCACCGCCUGAUCGCCAACGGAACGGAGGCGGAGACGGGUUUGAUUCCGGUAUUCCCUACUCUUACUUUCCCCAAUCAUUACUCCAUUGUCACUGGGCUCUACCCUGCUUACCAUGGAAUCAUCAACAACAAAUUUGUCGACCCGAGAACCGGAGCCGUCUUCAGUAUGGCCAGCCACGACCCUAAAUGGUGGCUCGGCGAGCCACUGUGGGAGACUCUGGCUAAUCACGGCUUGAAAGCUUCUACUUACUUCUGGCCUGGCUCUGAAGUGAUCAAGGGUUCUUGGGAUUGCCCUAAGGGCUUCUGUAUGCCCUACAAUGAAUCGGUUCCGUUUGAGGAUAGAGUUGAUACUGUCUUGAGUUACUUUGAUUUGCCCAGUAACGAGAUUCCUGAGUUUAUGACGCUGUAUUUUGAGGACCCUGAUCAUCAAGGCCACUUGGUUGGUCCUGAUGAUCCCCAGAUUACUGAAGCUGUUACUCACAUUGAUGGGUUGAUAGGGAGGUUGAUUAGUGGGCUAGAGAAGAGAGGGAUAUUUGAAGAUGUUACCAUAAUCAUGGUGGGUGAUCAUGGUAUGGUUGGUACUUGUGAUAAAAAACUGAUCUUUCUGGACGAUUUAGCCAAAUGGAUAAAGAUUCCUGCAGAAUGGGUGCCUUACUACACUCCGGUUCCUUCAAUCCGCCCACCUGCGGGUGUUAAUCUUUCGGAAGUUGUUGCAAAGAUGAACGAAGGGUUGCAGUCUGGGAAAGUUAAGAACGGGAAGAACUUGAAGAUGUAUCUGAAGGAAGAUCUUCCUAGCAGGCUGCAUUACUCCGGCAGCGAGAGGAUUCCGCCCAUCAUAGGGAUGCUUGGCGAGGGGUUUAAGGUGGAGCAGAAGAGUACUACAGCACAAGAGUGUGGUGGAGCGCAUGGUUAUGACAAUGCAUUCUUCUCCAUGAGGACCAUCUUCAUUGCUCAUGGUCCUCAGUUUGGUAGGGGAGUGAAGGUGCCAUCUUUCGAGAAUGUGCAGAUAUACAAUGUGAUCACAUCGAUUCUGAACGUCCCGGGUGCCCCUAACAACGGGACUUCCUCGUUUCCUCGAUCUAUUCUUUUGCCUAAGGCUUAG